ACGAAAGUUCGCUAACCGACGCCACUUUUCCAAACAUGCAACUAGUUUUAUUGGUAGGUUUGGUGGGUCUGGUUGGUUUCGGCUCCGAAGGACGUGUCGUGCGUCCAGUGGUCGAGUUUUCGAGGAUGUGGCCCGUUGGUUCAUUGGUUGCGCUAACAAGUCUCUGGUUGACAGUCUUCCGGAAAUCGGCGUCUCUCAACAGAACCCUCUUCAUAUAACCAAUAUAUCAUUCCCUCUUGACUUGGGAAUUGUGCAGUAUCUAGAGGUUUUUGCCGCCACCAGAUUCGAAAACAACUUUACCAACUUAGUUUGGAACAAUCUACCUUUUUUUGAUAUCGAAAAACUGUACAGCGGCGGUUCGAAUGAGAUCGGAUUUUGGACGUAAUUUGACUGGGGAUUAUAUUGGAACAACUUUACCAUCACCGGCGAUUUCAACUGGUUCAAACCGGAACAGCUACGCUCCUGUGAGUAAUAAGUUUCGGGAACGCGUUAGAAGACGUCCACUCGUCUGGCAUAUGGAACAGUACCAUUGCCGAUGACCAACAUUCGCGGUUUGUUCAUGAUUUCACAUUUAACUACACGGCCAGCAGUUCGUCGCAACUGACGGGGAUCAGCGGCAGUUCCAAAGACACCGGACUUUGGACGCACUUUGAUUGGGGAUAACAUUGGAAUAGCUUUGCCUUCAUCAGUGAUUUCGACUGGUUCGUAACAGGAAACAACAUCGAAGCCCAAAACGGGACAGCUUCUUUAAUUCGUGCCUCCCAGUGGCCGUGUUUUCGAGGAUGUGGUGCGCUGGUUCAUCGGCUGCGCCAACAAAUCUAUGGUGGACGGUCUUCCGGCAAUCGGCGUUCCUCAACACAACCCUAUUCACGUGAGGAAUCUGUCGCUCCCUGUCGACCUUGGGAACGUGCAAUUCGAAAACAACUUUACCAACAUAGUUUGGAAUAAUCUGCCGUUUUUUGAUAUCGAUCAAUUGACGGGGAUCAGCGGCGGUUCGGAGGACUCCGGAAUUUGGGCGUACUUCGACUGGGGCAUACAUUGGAACGACUUUAUCAUCACCGGCGAUUUCGACUGGUCCGUAACAGGAUCCGACAUCGAAGCCCAAUCCGGAACAGCGUCUUUCUCGUUGACCAUAGAAAACAUCCACUGGUCUGGUAUAUGGAACAGUACCAUUGCCGAUGAGAACCAUCCCAGGUUCGUCAACAAUUUUACAUUGAAUUCCAAGAUCGAUAGUUCGUUGGCUGUAGUUGAUGGUACACCAUUCGACUCGCAGUUUGCACAGGCCAUUCAAACUUUGUCUGACACAUUGUUGAACAAUCUGCCGGCCACCGCAGUCCAGGCUCUGAAGGAUGCCCGUUUCAACGGUUUCUGGAACGAUCCGGAUCAUCCCGAGAGAGUUCAAGCGAUCAUCGAUCAUUGCAACGCUUAAAUCGCGUAUAAAUUUCGAUAAAAGUGGACAACUUAAUUAAUUAAAAUUUAGUCCACUUGUCCUAUGUUCACUAUAGCAAACAAACGUUGUUGUAAUUUUUUUUAAAUAAAUAACUAC